AUGGCAUCACGAGACGACUACAUCGUCGGUUGGGCAUGCGCCCUACCCUUGGUAGUGACCGCGGCUGAGGCGAUGCUAGACUCCGUUCAUGCCGAAGGGCCUUCGGAUCUGGAUAUACCUGGCGAUAUCAAGCUUGUGUUUGGCAGACUUAAUGGCUACGACAUCGUGAUCGCCCAUCCAUCGCCCAGCAAUCAAGAAACUAUUUCAGCUGUAAAAAUCGUUGAGCAGAUUCGUGUGACCUUCAGGUCCAUCCGGUUCAUUCUUCUGAUCGGAUUAGGAGGAGGCGUUCCGCACACAAAGGAGAACAUUUCCCUUGGGGAUGUAGUUGUCGGAAGACCAGAGCCAGGUCGCUCUGGUCUGGUGCAGUACGAGGGAGGCCAGGUGCACUGGAACAAUGACGACGCGGGCAAUGGACCCUCUGGGAGCUCGUUUGAAAAGCCAUCCUCCAGUCUGUUGACCGCGAUGCGGAAAGUCGAGAUGAACUCGAUUCUUGGCAACAGUCACAUGUGGACUUACAUGAACACCAUCAUUGACAAACAUCCUAUGACAUUCGCCCCGCCCGAGCUGGAGAAAGAGGGUGCUGUCGAUGCGCAAGACGGUGAUGGGGACGUAAAGAGCUCGGAUGGAAGAGGUGAACGGAACGAAUGCCAUACUCAUACCUGGCAAGCAAGCACAGACCGGUUGCCCAAGGUCCAUUACGGGCUUGUUGCGAGCUGUCGGCAUCAAUUGAGAGACUCCAAGACUCGGGAUAGCCUGGCAGCGGACCACGGCAUCCUCUGCUUCGAGACCGAAGCGUUUGGUCUACCCGACAACGGUCGUAUCCAAGUCAUCAGAGGAAUAAGCGGUUAUUCCGAUUCGCCAUUUACUGAUGAAUGGAAAGGCUAUGCCGCCGCUGCAGCGGCGGCGUACGCAAAAGAGCUCCUAAUGUCGAUGCCCACCGUCGCAAAGCCCGUGGUGCGGGAGAUCGAAACCCGAGCAGCAGCAGCUACCGUCCUCGAUGCUCUCCUAUUGACCAGACCCGAGGUAGACCGCAGCUCAUUGAUCGCCCUGAAAGGACGGAGAGCUGAUGGCACAUGCGAGUGGCUCACACGACACACAAACUACCAACGAUGGGCCGUUGCUGAUAGUCCGCCUCUGCUCUGGGUCUCAGGUGGCCCUGGAAAAGGGAAGACGAUGCUGGCUAUCUACGUAACCGAACUGCUGCAACCAGAACAAGAUUCGACAGAGGGAGUCCUUCUCUACUAUUUCUGCAGCAACCGUGACAAGAACCGGAACUCAGCUGUUACCAUCAUGAGAGGAAUUAUACACCAGUGGAUCACCGCCGAGCCUCAUCUCGCGCAGUGCGUCAAGAGCUAUUUCGACGGCUCUGAAACAAUUAAAUACACGAUAUCAAAUUUUGUAACCCUAUGGAGGGUCUUUCUCUCCCUGCUUCGCGAGACCACAUCAAAUACCAUUACCUGUGUGCUGGACGGCCUGGACGAGUGCGAAAAAGGAUCGCUCCAACAGCUCCUGGAUUCUUUGAGGAACUAUCUAUCUCAAAAUGCAAGAGAUACAGAGUCGAAACUAAAACUGAUUCUUCUCUCACGUUCCCAACCGGCACUACUGGAAAGCAAACUCGGUCAGUUUCCCCGGGUCAAGCUGGACGAAUCAGACAUGGAAGUAGCCAAAGAUGUCGAGAGAUACAUCACAUCCAAGGUUUCAGAGCUCGCCUUGGAUCAAACCCUGUCAGAGGGCCAACUGUCACAAGUUAGGCAGGCCUUGAUGGACGGCGCCGAUGGCACCUUUCUCUGGGUCGGUUUCGUCGCAGACGAGCUCAAGGGGCGAAGUUGGCAGAAGAUCCAGGAUAUCCUUCAUCGAAUGCCCAAAGGCCUAGGCGGCGUUUACCAGCGGCUUCUGCAGCAGGUUGAGGACAAAGAACAGCUGAUUCACAUCCUCCAGUGGCUUGUUCUUGCUGCAAGGCCCCUGGCUAUCGACGAACUCUGUGUGGCAGCCAAGAUUGCUCCAUCUGCUGACCGUACUGCCGCCGAAGCUACACGGGAUCGGCUCGACUCCUGCGGACUUCUGGUCAAAGUCGACGGAGACGUAGCCAAUCUCGUGCACGAGUCUGCCAAAGAGUUUUUCCAGAGCGAUCAAGUUGAUGAGCUGAAAGAGAUCAGCAUGUUCCGCAUGGGUCCGACCACCCAUCUCGCACUUAUGGACGCUUGUCUGUCACUGAUCGAGAACAGUUAUGCUUUCCCAGGGGGUGUCAGUGAGCAGUCCCUCACAAAACCCCUCCUGGCCUAUGCCUGUCUUUACUGGCCCUACCACUUGCAGCGCGCACAAGAACUGGUCGGUGACCGUUCUAUGUUCACCCGUUCAUUCUUCAAUCCCGAGAGUCCGAUCAGGGAGGGCUGGUGGAAGUUCUACUGGGACAAGGAACAGUAUGGUGGAGCACCGCCCUCUUUUUCACUACUACAUCUCGCCUCAUAUCUGGACAUUCCAGCUUGGACCAAGGUGUUGCUAGAGCAAGACGCUGCGAAGCAUAGCUCCCGCCACAGGCUCGUUGCACGGAAAGAUAACUAUGGCCGGACACCACUGUUCUGGGCCGCGACCCGGGGUCACAAGGACAUCGUCGAGCUGUUACUCAAGCACGGAGCCCCCGUGGGUUCCAAAGACCGGAGCAAUAUGACACCGCUGCAUAUAGCGGUCACGGGAGGACACAAGGAGGUUGUGGCUCUCCUCCUUGAACAUUCCGCCCCGAUCGAAGCCAAGGCGAGCUAUGGCGACACACCACUGAUACGAGCCAUCCAGGCCAACUCCAAAGAAAUCGUCCAGCUCCUUUUGGAGCAUGGAGCGAGUGUUGCUGAGCUGCCUAUCGUCGGUGCCGACCCGCAGAGCCAGCGGACGAUGACCAUGGAAGAGAGGGCAGAACAGCUGCUUGGGUUACAAGAGCAACUCUUCGCUGCCAGGUACGAGGAAUCUUCGCGCCUCGUCGGUCUCACGAUCAAGACGCUCACCUUAUCGUUCCAAUUCCAACCCAUCGUCAAACUUUUCAAGUUCUAUCUCGAGCACUCCUCUAUCGGUCGUUGGGAAGUGAUGCACGUGCUUCAGGACCUGGUCAGGAAUAACAAGAUUGCAAGGCUACGGAACUGGGCUCAAGCCUAUAUCGAUUUCGGCACCCAACUUGUCCAGGCAGAGGACGCAAAAAACCUCGCCAUCAUGACGGAUCUUUCAGUCCAGGUAUUCCGCGUGGUCUCCACCGGUGACCUCGAGGCUCUGCUGGUGAUUGGCGUCCUCGUCGGCUCGAGCGUCAUUCUCGCCGCAGCUGAGAAGGGAUGGUGGCCGGGCGUGGACAUCUCGGCACGCACGUUCGCUCAGUUUGCUGCUCUGGCGUACCACAGAGACCGGGGCGAGUUCUUGCACUACGGCGUCCGGGAGUUUCUCGUUGAGUUCGACGGCUGCAUCCGCGGUGGAAGAAGGGCUGAGAGCUCGGCUCGAACCGUGGUUCUCUUCAGCACGCACUUCGCCAUCAUCGACACCAAGGAGGCUCGCCCGACCGAUUACUUUGCGACGAUCAUCGCAGAGUACUAUGAGGGCUACGUUGGUACCGCUGAUGAGGAGCGGCUCUUUGGUGACGCGACUAAUGCGUGCGCUGAUGAGCUUGAGAUCAUUAGCAAAACACGUGAUUCUCACAAACUGCUUUUGUUUAUCACUGCUAUCUCACAGUUUAUCGAGCGCUGCUCCAAGGACAUAGCCAAGGAUCACUUCUUAAGUAUGAUACCGGCGUCGUGCCUGAUACUCUGUCAACGAGACCAUGCCAUUCAUGAAUGGCUCAUUGCCCAAGCAAUCCCGGAGACCAUGAGUGUUUCGAUAUCGAAGCAGCCAGAGAUCGCCCAAAGGCGUGCCUUCAAGGCUCUUGUUGAGUGUAUCAUCAUUGGUAGACAAUACGGGCUCUUAGAUCCCGUGGGUCUACAACAGAGGCUUAGGCAAACUCCUAACAUCAGUAAUUAUGUCAGUGAAACGCUGGAGGAAAUUUUGUUUUGA